AUGGCGCAGGGUGGGGUGGGCGGCGCGGCCCCCGCGGUGCGCCGGAGACCUCCGGGUCCCGGCGGGAAGGGGCUGAAGGCGCCCGGGGAGCGGCGCCGGCUGAGGGCGGCCGUGUCGGAGCAGCUCAGCCGCGACGUGCUCAGGCUCCUAAGUGAAGAAAUCCACACAGACACCGUUCUGUGUGCCAGUGGCGCCCUGUUCAGAGCGCACAGGGCAGUCUUGAUAGCCAGGGCCCCUGGCUUUCAUUCCCACAUCACCGGACACGCGUCACACUCGACAAAUGAGCUCCUUCCUGUGGACAACGUUGACGCUUCAGAAUUUCGAGCAUUUUUACAGGUUGUAUAUUCAUCAAACAAAAGCAUAAAAAACUAUGAAGAGGAAAUUCUGAAAAAAAUGAAAGUGGGAAGUGUAAUGCCAGAAAAGGAGGGUGACGUCAGCUUUCAGGAGUGUGGAGAUCUGUCUGACCAUUUUCUUGGGAAGUGUGACAUCCCAGAGGAUACCACUGGUGGAGGUGACUGUUUUCUUUCCAAUGGUGACUAUGAUUUGGAGCCUGCGUCUGAGUUAGGAGAAGACCUGCUUCAGCUUUAUGUGGGACGGUGCUGCCCUGACAUCGAUAUCUGUGUGGAUGGGAGGAGCUUCGGCGCUCACAGGGCCAUCUUAAGCGCCAGGUCUAAUUACUUCGCGGCGAUGCUGAGUGGCUGCUGGGCUGAAAGCUCCCAGGAGUGUGUUACUCUUCACGGCAUAACCCAUGUAGAAAUGGAUGUUAUGAUGCAUUUUAUAUAUGGAGGGACUUUGGAUUUUCCAGACAAAGCUAAUGUUGGUCAGAUACUGAACAUGGCUGAUAUGUACGGGCUUGAAGGAUUAAGAGAAGUGGCAGUCUAUGUUUUAAGAAGAGAUUACUGUAAUUUCUUUCAGAAGCCUGUUCCUAGAACAUUGGCAUCAGUUCUAGAAUGCCUAAUUAUUGCUCAUUCAGUUGGAGUGGAAAGCCUUUUCACUGACUGCAUGAACUGGAUUAUAAGCCAUUUUGCAAGGUUUUGGUCAGAAAGAAGCUUUGCAAAUGUACCUCCUGAGAUUCAGAAAACUUGUCUCAAUAGGCUGGUCCAGUCCUUGAACCAUAGGAAUGCUGCUUUUCUUCUGAUGGAGAGUGACAGGCUAAUCGCAGGCUUACCCAGAGUGAAGUGGGCAGAAGCGGCCGUAGCAAUGGCGUCCCAGCUCCAAGAAGAGUGUGUGGCAUUUAUUGUAGGGAACUUCCCUCAGAUCAUUGAGAGCGAAGACUUUACUGUCCUCUUGCAGUCACAAGCAAUGAGCAGCACAGCUCACCUACUGGACAAAAUUUUUAAAGCAAUUGAAGACAAUAUUACCACUGAAAAUAGCUGCACUCUUCUUAUGGCUCUGGACACAUUACUGAAUUCUGAAAGAACAGAGGAAAUGGGCUUUACGUGCAAGAUCCAAGCCGUGCGUGGUAAGCUGUGGACCUUCCUGGUUCAGUCUUUCUUCGCUGUUCGUCACACGGCGAGCUGGACACUGAUGCGCAGAGAGGACCAGCAGGAAAUUCAGGCAGCUGCAUUUGACAAAGGUGAUGAUCGAAGGCUCGGCAGGAAGCCUGUACUCACCAGCUCUCAGCAAAGGAGACAAGGCUCCAGUGUUGAUACAAAAGUAAAACCCUGGACGGAAAAUAACAAAAGCCUGUGUCGAGCGCGUCUCUCCACUAAGAAAAUGAGAGCUGAUGGAUUAGGAGCAUCUGGGCAUACGUCAAGCACCUGCAGAAACAGCAUAAGCAAAGCAUCCAAGCCUGAUGAGGCCACAAAAAUGUCCAAGGUUACAAAGGAAUUGAAAACUGGGGGCAAAAGUGUUCCUGGCCUUAAGUCUAAAACUGUAAUAAAGCCCCAAACAGAAAAUGGUGAUAGCACAAAGUCAGAAGGUGUGUCACCCAGAGCUGCUGCAGGGAGACCUACAAGAGCAGCUGGACAGAAGGACAGCAUGCAAGGAGAAAGGGUCAGGAACCAGAACGGAGAGACCGCGGGGGCCAGGCCCAAGGUCCUCACCACAAACCCGAGCGUGCAACCCAAAGCCAGGCCUUUGAGAGCAGUGCCAGGGAAGGAGUCCUCAUGCCCCACCACGGUGGGACCCUCCAGUAGAUCUACAAAUUCCAGUAUGGAGCGUUUGACUUCCACAGGCUGUAUGGAUGAGCCAAAAGAAGACGGAACAGUAGGAGGCAAAUGUUUCGAUGCGAUGCCAUAUGUCGGUGAUCCUCCAGGACACAUGGUGAAAAACGGAGUAGCUGUAGCAGUAAAAUCUCAACCAAUUUCAAGAGUUACCAAUGGAACAUCCAAUAGAAAAAACAUUCAUGACCAAGACACUAACAUGAACAGCAGUGUAAUAAAAAAACUUAGUGGCAAAGGACUUCCUGAUUCUGCACCACAGACAACUGUGAAGAAAAGAAGAAGCACCAACGGAUUCACAGCAGCUCAGCCGCGGACAAAGAGUGCACCACCAACCCUGGCUCAAACUCAAGGAUCCCAAGGAGAGUCAGUGCACCCUGCAAAGUCUUCGGCCUCUUCAAGGCAGCCUGAUGAAACGGUGGCAAGACUGAGGCAGAUAAACAGUGCAGAUAAACAGACACCUAAGAGGAAGAGUGUCGAGCAGGGACUCGCGACUUUGCAGAAGGCAAAACUGGUACCAGUGCCUAAAAGCUUAAGUCAGUCCAGGAAAGGUGGGACUUUGACUACUAAAGAUUCAAAGCAAAAACUGCUUCCUGGGCAAGGGAUGCUGCAAACACAGGCCUCUCAGAGAACUUCCAGACCUGACGCAGCGCCCCCAGGGAAAGACAUGUCUCACAAUGCAAAUGACAACAAGAACCAUGUUUUUAAGCAGAGGCCUCCUGAGUCCCCGCUUACCCUCGCUUCUGAAACCAGUGGCACAGGAGCAUCCCUGCCACAGAAGGCAGGGCAAUCAUUAGGUAAUCCAGAGAAGCCGACACUGCAGCUAGAAUGCCAAAGUGGUUCAAAGCUGGAAGAAUCAAGAACGCAUGGACUGAAGGCAAAGCAAACUGGUGUAGAUCAGGGUACCACAUCCAGUUACAAGGACUCCAGUCGUUACCAUGAGAAUUCCAGUUGCCAUAACACCGCUGCUCUGAAAUCCGUGAUUUCAAAUCCAAAUGACAACUUCAUAAACUCUAACCUAGUUUGUGACCCCGACUCUGCAAAUGCAGAGCAAAUCUGUUUACUGUCAGACAGAGAGAAGCAAAUAGUGGGGAAAACCACAGACACCAAAAACAUAAAUUGUCUGAAAGUGAAAGAUGUUUUGCUGUGUAGUUCUGAAGGGACAAGUGGUACCCUAAACUCUGUUCAGGACGACAGGACACCCACAUUUCAUGUAAGAAAGGCAGCAGUUCAAAGCCAGGCACCGGAUAACUCUGUUGCAACCAGCUGUAAAUGUGCUACGGUCAACUCAGCUGCCGCUUCCGAAUGUCUUUUGGGACAAUCAUCAGAAAAUCAUAAAAAUAUGGAAACAUCAGAAACCCCAGAGAGCCAUGAAACUCCGGAAGUUCCAUUCGUGGGUCCCUGGGAUUUGGUCCCCAGCGCCACACAUCAGAGGGAGAGCCCCGAAUCCGACACUGGCAGUGCUACCACAUCUUCGGACGACAUAAAGCCCCGCUCUGAAGACUACGAUGCUGGCGGAUCUCAGGAUGACGAGGGCUCGAACGACAGAGGCGUGUCCAAGUGCAGCACCGCUCUGUGCCACGAUUUUCUUGGGAGGAGCAGCAGCGAUACCAGCACCCCUGAGGAGCUGAAAGCGCACGAGGGGGACCUGAGAGCGGACGUGAGGGUGAAAAGGCAAGGCGGGGCUGACCUUCUCCAGACUCACUCGGCGGCGGCGAGCGAUGAGGAGAUCCCUAGGAAAAAGCCAGAAGCUUGGUCUCGACCCACAACAACCCGUCCCAGGGAAGCAGAAAGUGCCCCGCGAGGCCGUGGCCCGCUUGCUCAGGAGGUGGACCAGGCCUCCUCGUCAGCAGAUGAGACAGAAGACGAGCGCUCUGAAGCAGAAAAUGCCGGCGAAAGUUGCUCUCUGUUCAACUCAGGUACUCAGCACAUUCAGGGAAUAAUUAACUUAGCCUUUGAAGACGGAACGGAACAUGACAGGCGUGAGUUUUCUGCAACUAAGAAGUUUAGAAGGUCAGUGCUGCUCUCGGUGGACGAGUGUGAAGAGGUGGGGUCUGACGAGGGGGAAGGCCACGCCCCCUUCCCGCACUCUGCAGAUUCUCCUUCACCUUCUGAUGUUUUUGAUGGUGUUUCCUAUGAGCUUCAUGGAAGGACGGGCUACUCCGGAUUUUCAAAAGAAAGUGAAGAUGCUACUGCACAGGGCAAACACGACAGUAAAGGCAACAGUGUACAUAAACAUGAAAGCAGUCUCCUGGGUCCCAGUAGCAAAGACUCUUCAAGAAAAGAUAAACAGUGUGCCUCAGCAGGCCAAAAGAACAAGUUAGGUGUCCUGUCCAAAGGAGGCCAACAGCUUUUCCCAGAAGAUGAAGAAGUAAACAGUCCAGGUGAGGUGGCUGAUGACCUUCAGCAGCACAGCACGCUCUUGGACGGUGACACGAAGUCCCAAGAACGACCAUGUCAUUUGGAGCUUCAUCAGAGGGAACCAAAGACCAGCUCAACCAAGCCCGCCCACCCCUGUCCAAGCCAGGACGACCAAGGGAAAGAGAGCCGUCCAAAUAAUAGUGCGGUGUUUUCAGGGUACAUAGACGAUUGUGAUACACUGGCACAAACCUGCAUGUCUGACCGCCGGCCUUCAAAAGCCCUCUCUCCAGUCUCUGGGAUGGAUGUGACAGCAGCACUUGAGCAGAGAGUGGGGUCACAAACACAUGUCUCAGACAGGGGCUCGGAAGACGAUCAGCACUUUGCCAAACAGGACUGGACACUGCUCAAACAGCUGCUGUCUGAACAAGACACAAGCCUAAGUGUCAUAAGCUCUCUCCCUGAAGACCUAAGCUUAGCACAGUAUUUAAUCAAGCAGACACUCCUGUUAGCUCGAGAUAGCUCAGAACCUCAGGGCUCAGUGCACACUGACACUUGGAACAGGUGGAGUGAGCUCUCGUCCCCACUUGAGGAUUCGUCAGCAAGUGCCGCCGUAGCUGGCGCUUCCUCUGCGGAUUGCUCACCUCAGGGUGAGUGGACAAUCCUGGAAGUGGAAACUCAGCACUAAAAGUCUCAACACUUGGGAAAAAAAUCUAAACUAUGCCAUCCUAUAUUUUUUGAUGCCUACAUUAUAUUUAAAUCACAAUUCCGUUAGCCAGAUAUAGACAGUUCUUAAAAUUGAUGGAGUCUUUUCAAUUCAUUGAGGUAAAUAUAGCUUAUUUAUUAACAUGAUGUUUUUCUAAAUUUUAAGCAUGUUUUCUAUAACUGUUAGAGAGAUUGGAAAACUUGUAGAAAAUCUUUGCUGCAGUUUUCUUUCCUAGCUGGUAAUUUGUUUAUCUGUUCAGGAAUUUCUAUGUCAGUGCACAAGUAGAUCGACUCCUGAGUUUUGACUCUGCCUCUGGAACCAUAAUAAUUUAACAAUAAACUUGCUGUGUGAGCGUGCGUUAUACAGAAUCAGUCUGUGAAGAGUAUUCAGAUUCAGGCUGAGUACUGCAGUUGGGGAGACAGGGAGAUCCCCCCUCAGCUCCCCCAGCAUUUCAGGACUAGGACAUUGAGAAGUGAGUGCACCUUGGGCUCAGCAUCCUGUGAAUAAACUAGGAGAAGCAGACUUUUCUGGAUAUGCCCAGGUUGGUACUUGCUCCCCUUCAAAG